GCUCAGUUGAAGGGUCAGGACAGCUGUGGAAGUGGGCUGUCCCAGGGUUCAGCUGGUGAGGGCUAAUACCAGACCAACUACGCCUCUGCCUCCUCUUUCCAGGCUAGUAACCGGUGCCUCUGUGCUGUACGCAGAAGUUCCACAAAAAACUCCUUUUGUUUGUUUUGAAGCCCCUGAAAGGCUCUUCAAACCUCAUCCUACCGACAAUGGCUCUACCGGUGAACCCGAUGGACGAGCCCCGGAUGUACCAGCAGACGCUGCUCCAGGAUGGCCUGUAUGACCUGCUGGAGAACGAUAAGCUGGUUGACUGUGUGCUGAAGAUCAAAGACAAGGAGUUCCCCUGUCACCGGCUUGUCCUGUGUGCCUGCAGCUCUUACUUCAGGUCCAUUUUUCUGUCUGAUCUAGAUGAGAGCAAAAAGAGAGAGAUCGUCCUGGAGGAUGUGGAACCUGGAGUCAUGGGUCUGGUUUUGAAAUACCUGUACACCUCCAAAAUCAAUGUGACAGAGCAGAACGUUCAGGACAUCUUUGCUGUUGCUAACAUUUAUCAGAUUCCCUCCAUUUUUACAGUAUGUGUGUCGUUCCUACAAAAGCGUCUGAGCCUCAGCAACUGCUUGGCGAUCUUCAGGCUGGGCCUGAUGCUGGACUGUCCCAGGUUGGCGAUUACCGCCCGAAACUACGCCUGCGAACGCUUCCAGCUCAUCACAAGAGAUGAAGAGUUCCUCCAGCUGCACCCCAGUGAGCUGGCAGCCAUUUUAGCAAAUGAUAACCUAAAUGUGGAGACAGAAGAAGCAGUAUUUGAGGCUCUGAUGAACUGGGUGUCCCGUGACACAGAAAACAGAGAAAAAGAGCUGCCAGGUUUGCUGGAUUGUGUUCGUUUACGUCUGGUCUCUGAGGACUACCUGAAAGAAAAAGUGGAAAAACACAAACUGAUCUCCUCCAGUUCUGAGUUACAGCACAAACUCCAGCUGGUUAGGGAUGCUCACGCUGGGAAAAUGCCGGAGGUUAAAAAAAGCAAAAGCAAAACAGAGGAGAGUGGAGCAGAGAAAGAUGGAGAGGAUGAGGAUAAAGAAGAGGAAGAAGGUCUCCUCCCAGGGAUCCUGAAUGAUAACCUGCGAUUUGGUAUGUUUGCCAGAGACUUGAUAUUAAUGGUGAAUAACACAGGUGCUGUGGCCUAUGAUCCAUCAGGGAACGACUGCUUUGUAGCAUCGCUGUCAACACAAAUUCCCAAAAAUCACAUUAGCUUGGUCACAAAAGAGAAUCAGAUCUUUGUGGCUGGCGGAUUAUUCUUUGAUGAACAGAACAAAGAAAAUCCACUGUGCUCCUACUUCCUACAGUAUGAUCCGGUCAGCGCUGAUUGGCUGGGGAUGCCUCCCCUUCCAUCUCCCCGCUUCCUGUUUGGACUUGGCGAGGCAGAGAACUCCAUCUUUGUGUUGGGGGGGAAGGAGCUGAAGGAUGAGGAGCGCACCCUGGACUCAGUUUUGGUCUAUGAUAGACAAUCAUUUAAAUGGGGGGAAUCUGAACCACUGCCUUAUUCAGUCUAUGGACAUGCAACACUAUCUCACAAUGGUGUUGUUUAUGUGAUUGGAGGAAAGGGAGAUGACAAAUGCUGUCUGAGGAAAAUGUGUGCAUAUGACGCCAAGACAUUUGAAUGGAAAGAGCUUGCUCCAAUGAAGAUCGGCCGCUCCUUAUGUGGAGCCGCUGUUCAUAACAACAAGAUCUAUGUGGCAGCAGGGGUCACCGACAACGGACUGACAGACUCUAUGGAGGUCUACGACAUCGCAUCAAACAAGUGGUCAGACUUUGUCAAGUUUCCUCAAGAGCGUAGUUCUCUGAACCUGGUGUCUUUGGCCGGCUCACUCUACGCUGUAGGGGGUUUUGCAAUGAUGCCUCUGGAGGACAGCGAUGAGAUCGUUCCGAAAGAAAUGAAUGAUGUCUGGAGGUUAAACGAAUCUGAGAAAAACUGGAAUGGGAUCCUCAGAGAGAUCCAGUACGCCUCAGGGGCCACAAUUCUGGGGGUCCGACUCAACACCCUGCGUCUCACCAAGAUGUAAAACUUCGCUGGAUAACUGUCUUCAGUAUUGUUAUUGUGUUCAGUGUAUUUGUUGAGAAAAAUAUAGUUAGCUUUUACACUGUUGUAUUUAAAGCUUCAAACCUGAUUAUUUUACAGCUUUUUACGAUGGUCAGUUUUGUGUCGUGAUUGACAAUGUUUUUAUAUGUAUGUUUUACUGCUUUGAGAUGACAUUGUAAAAUUCUUCAUGGAAUAAAAAGUGUUA